ACGCCGUAAGCUCCAAAAUUCACCUGCUAAAUUCGAAUCGUCUGAAAACCCACACAGUUUCUUACCGUCCAAUGUCGUUGAUUAGUUUUAGAGAUCCUCCUUUUUUUAACUUCUUCUUUUUCUUAUCUUUCACUUGCAUUUCAUCCGGAGUUGUCGUUAGAUCUUUACUUAUUAAUAAAAUUUCUAACUAUUUAAUUUGUCUACCGCACUAUUGACCAAUCUUAUACAGCCUCAUCUUAUUAGUCGCUUACACUCUUGCCUACUUGGAGAUAUCAUAUGCUAGUGGGCACGCGACCUCCAGCACCACUCCAAUCCUUCAUUUUCAGACGUCAUAAUAUACUUCUCAAAUCAUCCAAGACGCCACAUUUUCUCAUAUCCUUCUUAUAGAACCCGUAUAUGAACGGCAACUUGGUCGGAUAGCCAUGAACACCGGCAUUAGUUCGCCGGCCAUAGUGGCUGAUAGCAAUGCGGAUACGAUCGCCAAGAGAGCCCACUAUAGUCCUCCAUGGGCUGACCUGAGCAUCAUUGGCAUCGCGGGCAGCUCUGGUUCCGGAAAGUCAACAUUGUCGCACGCUAUUGUUAGCACAUUGAAUUUGCCAUGGGUGGUUAUCUUGUCAAUGGAUUCGUACUAUAAACCAUUGGAUCCCGAAAGUUCAAAAAAGGCAUUUCGCAAUGAAUAUGAUUUCGACUCCCCCGAGGCCAUAGACUUCGAUGCCUUGCUCCAGACACUCCAAGAUCUUAAAGCAGGCAAGCGUGCCGAAAUACCGAUAUACUCCUUUGAGAAGCAUCAACGUCAAGAAGAGACGACUACAAUAUACUCUCCUCACGUCCUCGUUUUGGAAGGGAUAUUCGCCCUUUAUGACCAAAGAGUGAUGGACUUGAUGGACAUGAGAAUCUACUGUGAGGCGGACGCUGACACAUGCCUCUCAAGAAGGAUCCUACGAGACGUCAGAGAUCGAGGUCGUACAGUAGAAGGUUGUAUCAAGCAAUGGUUUAGCUUCGUGAAGCCCAACUAUGAGAAGUAUGUCCUGCCUCAGAGGAAUCACGCAGAUAUCAUUGUACCACGAGGCAUAGAAAAUCGGGUCGCAAUGGCUAUGGUGACCCAAUACAUCGAAAGAAAAUUGCUAGAAAAGUCAACACGCCACCGAGCAGCCCUUAGAAGCCUAGAGGCCGGUUCCGAUACUGAACCCCUUUCGGACCGAGUCAUCAUUCUGGAGCCAACUCCCCAACUGAAGGCCAUGAAUACAAUCAUUCGAGAUAUCGACAGUUCAAGCGAGGACUUCAUAUUCUAUUUUGACAGGUUUUCGAGUUUGCUCAUUGAAGAGGCUCUGAAUAACGUCCACUUUAAAGAGCUGACGAUUGAGACCCCCGCUGGUAGAUUAUAUAAUGGACUCACCCCUAAAGGCGAAGUCAGCGCAGUCAUUGUACUUCGUGGUGGUGCCGCCUUCGAAGCCGGACUGAGGAGAGCGAUACCAGACGGUCGCACAGGGCGUCUCUUGAUCCAAUCUAAUGUUAGAACUGGAGAGCCCGAGCUUCACUACCUCAAACUUCCCAAGGAUAUCAGCACACACGACAGCGUAUUACUCCUGGAUACCCAGAUGUCCAGCGGAGGCUCCGCGCUGAUGGCUGUUCAGGUCCUUGUAGACCAUGGAGUCCCACAAGAUCAUAUUGUAUUUGCGACAUAUUCAGCUGGCUACGUAGGCGUCUAUCGUCUUACCAAGGUAUUCCCAGAGAUCACCGUUGUCAUCGGUAACAUGGUCAACGACUUUGAAGAUAGGUGGGUUGAGAAGAGAUACUUCCGAUGCUGAGACAGACGGUAGGCGUAAGCCGGAAUAAAUACCCAAUGAAUAGCACCUCAUUAGUCGUUGGCGUUGCGAAAUCAUAUACCGCAUAAUUAUAGCUAUACUAUAUUGGUUGCAUAUAAAGGGAGUUCACAAGGUUGGGAUUUUUUUGACUAUCAAAUAAGAUACGAAAGUAUCCUUCUUAUACCUUCUUGGUACCCGCAAUGGUAUUAUAUAUCAUGACAGUUAAUAUACAAUCUAUUCAAGUCCAUAUAUGAAUGCAAACUUGAU